AUGCUGCUCAAGCAGUGGAAGGCAGUAGCUUUGCUGGCGAUUUCGGUCGCCUCUCAUGUUGACGCCGGUUUUUUGAACUUUGAAGGGCUAGCCAAGCGAAGCAAUGAUGGAGCGGCAAAUAAACCGACGAAUAAAGAUCAAUUCAUUGACUCUUUGAUAUCAAAGAUGACAGUGAGCGAUCUGGUCUUGCAGCUGCAUCUCAUGUUUGGAGAUGACAUUGUUGGAAAAGAUUCCCAUAAUGAACUAUACGAGCAAACGAUGCAUCUAAGUCCGACAUCUCCCAUCGGCGUAAUUCAUGAUUGGUAUCCCAUGAACAAGUCAUUCUUCAACACCGUUCAAAAGCUCCAAUUGGACAAAUCGCACAUCAAAAUUCCCAUGAUGCUCGUUGAAGAAUGUCUCCAUGGCGUGGGAUCGUUCAAGCAAUCGUUAUUUCCGCAGAAUAUUGCCAUGGCGGCUUCAUUUGACACCGACAUCGUGUACCGUGUUGGACGGGCCAUAGGAACGGAAGCAAGGUCAAUUGGAAUACACGGUUGUUUCUCACCAGUUCUUGAUCUCGCCCAUGAUCCUCGCUGGGGAAGGGUUCAAGAGGGAUUUGGAGAAGAUAAAGUUCUCACGUCGCAUAUCGGCGUUGCUUACUCUUCUGGCUUAUCCAAGAACAAGUCGUGGUCAGAUCCUGAUGCGGUCUACCCAAUCAUGAAGCACUUUGCUGCUCAUGGCGCCGCUCAAGCUGGUCAUAACACAGCUCCAUUCACAGGUCUUGGAACCCGACAAAUCAUGGAAGAUCUUCUGGUCCCUUUCAAAGCCAAUUACGAGCUAGGAGGAGCCAGAGGAGCAAUGAUGGCAUACAACGAGAUUGAUGGAAUCCCUGCAGCGGUCCACCCAAUGUUGUAUCAGGCUCUAGAAGACUGGAAUUUUGACGGGUUUACUCUGGCAGAUGAUACUUGCAUGAGAAACAUUCUCACACAGCACAAAGUGGCAAACUCCCAAGCGGAUGCAAUGCAGCAAUGGUUUAAUGCUGGCGGCAUGAUUGACUUUUAUGAUUGGGAUUUGGACUCCUACCUGACUAUCACCAAAGAUCUUGUAGCCAAUGGAACUGUGCCUCUCAAGACGCUCCAAUCGCACGUUGGGAAAAUCUUGGGCCUCAAAUGGGACCUCGGCCUAUUUAAGAAUGCCUACAUUCCUGAACACAUUGAUCCGCUUGCCAUCGUGGCCAGCCACCAAGAUGUUGCACUCGAAGCAGCACACAAGAGCAUCGUAUUGCUCAAGAAUGACAACGGCACACUUCCAUUGAGCUCAUCAUCAAACACCAAAAUUGCACUGAUUGGCCCGUUUGCCGACACGAUCAACUUGGGAGAUUAUUCCGGCGCUCUCGGACAGUAUCCUGCCAAGUAUGCAGACACACUCCGUCAAGGCAUGUUGGGCCAUGUGAAGAAGACCAGUCACUCUAGAGUGCAAAUUACAUCCAGUUGGGGCACCAACAGCUGGGAAUACAACAACCAGUAUGUGGUCCCAGGGUAUCUUUUGUCAUCCAACGGGAAGACUGGUGGCCUCAAGGCGACGUACUACGGUGAGACAAACUUCACCUCCCCAAAAGCAACAAGAUCGGAGGUUCCGGCCCAAGACUGGGGUCUAUACCCACCACCGGGGCUGUCUUCCAACAACUUUAGCGCUGUCUGGGAAGGUCAACUCGAAUCGCCCACUGAUUUAGACGUGAACGGAUGGAUCGGAGUCGCGAUUGGGCCAAACAGCACAUCAAAGCUCUAUGUUGACGGCUACGGGUGGACGCAACAGAAUCACUCUAUCCCGCCUCAAGAUGGUGUAACGUUUACGUUCAAGAAGGGCGCCAAGCAUCAAGUCCGCAUCGAAUUUCAGUCAUGGAACAACUACAAGAAGACGGCAAAUGUCAACUCGGUAAACUCACAGCUCAUUUUCUGGUGGAACUUGGUAUCACCCAACGGCGACGCCCUCGACCAAGCAAUCUCAGUUGCAAAAGACAGCGAUGUCAUCGUCCUUGCCGUGGGAGCUGCCUGGAAUAGUGAUGGUGAAAGCGGCGAUCGCGGAACGUUGGACCUUGCGCCCAGUCAAGAUGCGUUAGCCAAGAAGAUUUACGCACUUGGGAAGCCAGUAAUCUUGGUGCUUGAGGGUGGAAGACCAUUUGCCAUCCCUGAUCAUUACGAGCAGUCAUCUGCCGUGUUGAGCACAUUCUUUGGUGGACAGGCUGGAGGACAAGCGAUUGCAGACGUACUCUUUGGAGCCUUCAAUCCCGGAGGUCGUGUGCCAAUCUCCGUACCGUAUUCGGUUGGCCAGAUUCCAGCUUAUUACAAUUACAAGCCAUCUGCUCGAGCAGCACAGUAUCUCGACAUUCCGUCGGAUCCCACAUAUCCAUUUGGGUAUGGCUUAUCUUACACCACCUUUUCGACUACUUCUCCCACUGCAUCCGUCAAAGUAACCGUUCAGAACACUGGCUCUGUUUCUGGCAGCUAUGUUGCCCAAAUUUACUUACUAGGCCGUGUGUCAACGGUCACUCAGCCAGUCAAACAGCUUGUGGGCUUCCAACGAGUGUAUCUGAAUGCUGGCGAGAAGAGGACUGUCUCCAUUGAGCUAGAGGUUGACAGAUAUUUGAUGAUUUUGAACCGAGCGAAUAAGUGGGAGCUGGAAAAGGGAUCUUAUACCUUUGCUCUGUUGGAGAAUGGCGGUACCAACGCCGACACUAGUAAGAGUGUCACACUGCAAUGCGUUGGGUAA